CGACGGUUCAACGGCUAGUCUGUUUAAAAUUGGGAGUUUAGGAUUAAAUGUUCGGUUUACUUUAAUAAAAUCGUUUUAAAUCAAAAUUGUGAUAAAGUUAUGUGUUAUUAGAUUUAAUAAAGUACGUUGAUAAAAUAUUGAAGCAAAUAAUUAUAAAAAUACUCUAUUAAUACUUAUAUAUUAUUUGAUAUGGAAUUUAAGUAUAUAAACGAUAGAAACAAAACUCCGCAAUCGAAAGUAUUUUCCAGCACAGCUAAUUGCGAAAGGUUUUUCAAUUUACCUCAGGAUAUUUCGACACCACCUUCACGGUUUUCAAAAAUCGUUAACCCAUUUGAAUGUCGGUUAUUAGAUAGACUUCAUUUACCCACUUUUAGUCCUUCAGUAUUUGCAAAGCAGUCGACACCUAAGACUGAUGAAAAAUUUAGAUGGACCAUUGAUGAAAUUUCAAGUUUAAAGCCUGCAUAUAUUGAUGAAGAAACUAUUAGUCAGCAUGUUUUCGAUGAAGAUCCUCAGAUGGAAUCAUUGGCACAACAAAAAAUUGAUCAAUUCUUCAGUGAAAAGGUGAUAGUUCCUAGUCCUAUGAUAGAUAUCAUCAGGGUUCCACUUAUUGCUGACAACUCAGCAAAUCUGUUUCUUCCACAACAACCCAAGGAAUAUACUGAUGGUUCAGCACAAACAAUGUUAUCUCUGCCUCCAAUACUGCCAGCCCACAUAGAAGAUAUUUUAAAGCCAUACUUUAUGCCAGAGGAAAAUGAACAAAUGUAUGCAACUGAUCCCAUCACAGAAAUGAAAAGUUCCUAUUUAUUUCGUAACCUAUUCAGGAAUUGUGACCAUAUGGAACCGCCUGUAGAAGAUCAUGAUAUUGUAAAAUCUCAUUCAAUGUCUGUAGAAGAUUUAUCACCUGUACGUUCCCCAGCUCAGCUAACUGGAAGGCAUUCUCUUCCAUUUGAAAUGCCUGAUCUUCAUGAAUGCAGUCUUUCGCCGAUAGGAGGCAGUCAUAAUAACAGAUCAUCUAAGGAUUCUAGGUCAGCUGUUAGACUGGACUUUUCAAGUAAGUCCAGCUCAGAUGCCAGCAUGGCAGUUCCUGAUAUUGGUAAUGAAGUUUCAACUAACAGUGAGUUACUUGAAUUUUCUCAAAACAAUCCGCAACCGUUGGAACCAUUGAGCGAAUCCCCUAUUAAUUGGGACAUGGAAAAUGCUCACGUGUCUCUGGCGACGCCCGGAAGCAGUCCCGAAUCGAAAGUCAUGGACGUCAAUCCGAACACGACGCCCCAUUCUAAAAUAUUUACUAGUCAGAGAAAAAGACUCAGCCAUAGCUUUAUCAUUGACGAGGAAGAAUCGACAAAAGACCACGAAUCAUCCGUUGAUAAUUUGAAACAAAGUAGAAAGUUUUUUAGGAACGAUGUUACUGACGCUGGAUAUCAUACGGAAAGCGCCAUUUUCUAUGAGGAAUCCAGAUACAGCGUUCACAUGUUUGCAUCAACUCCCACCAAAAUGAGAAGGAACGAAAACGUUCAAGAGCCUCAUGAUUUGAUAUUUUAAAGUUGAUAUUUUUUUGUAGUUUUCUACAAAUAGUACUUUUUUAUAAACUCAGAAAGUUUUGCCAUUGAUCGGAUAGUAGAAAUAUUUAUAAUGUAAAUCACAGAUCAGAAAAUUUUCUCAAAAUCGUUAUAGGUUUAUUAUUAUUUACUUUUGUAAAACUGGAAUUACAUUUUUUAAAGUUAGAUUCAUAAAAUAUAGGUUAGUACCGUCCUAUUUUUAUUCUGUAUAGCAAGUAAAUUAAAUUUUUUAGAGAAUAAAUGAAACAAAUUUUUAAUAAUUUAUAGUAGAAAAUACUUAACAUACAAAAAGUAUUUAAUCUUAUUUCUGAAGUACACAAAUUUUAUUUAUAAUAUUUAACAUAACAAUACAAUUGUGACAUUGCAUUUAUUUUUGUUCACAAGCAUUGUACAUUUUUAUAGAAAAUAUUUCAAUCUAUAUCCGGUCAAUAAAUUUUCUACAUAUUUUUUUUUUUUAACUACAUGACUUUAUUUUUUCAUUUUUUAAACUUUUGGUGAUGUUAAUAUUUGAUAAUUGUUUAUAUUAAACAUUAAAAAAGGGUAGAUAUUGGGUAUAUUAUUAACAUAAUCAUUUUUCGAAUGAUGACUUUACAUUCACAAUAGAAAUUUGUGAAAAAACAAAGAUUUUUUUUUUAUGUCGAUAUAAUUUCGUUUUUGAAAUGUUUUUUUAGAUUUUAUUUAAUAGAAUAAGUAUUUUCAGUUUUUGCUUUACUGUUUACAAAACUAAAAGCUUAAAUGGCCCAGGUGGAGUUACUAUUUUUUUCUUCUUUUUUAAUAACUUGCAUUCUUCUCCUAAUUUCUCUUAUUUUCAACAUACUAUUGAUUUAGUAUAACUUUCUUUAUUAGAAUCUGCAAUUAUUUAAAUUUAUUUAUUAUUUAUUUCCAAAUGAGGCGAGUUGAAAAGAAUUCUUGUGGCCAAACAAAAACAAUGUGUUCUAUCUUAAAUUAAAUAUUUAUUUGAUGUAAAUAACGACAGCCAUGUCAAACUGGUUGUAAAAAUUAAUCAAUUCUUUAAAUUUUUAGUAGCACAAUUUAAGAUCUCAAAAUAACUAUUCACUGCCAAAUAAAAUAGUUAUUACAAAUGAUCUAAAGACUAAAUUCUACUGUAACGUUUAAUGAUAAUUUUAGCGAAUUUUGAACUGAUUUUAUGUUUAGGUAUAUUUAAAAAUGUGCAAUUUAUAAUAAAAUAUUUU